CAUUUUUGAAGGUCGUUACAAUUUUGAACUCAGGGUCACUAAGCUGGCUCUUGAAGUGGACUGCUUGCCUCUCUACAUUUUUGGAUUUUAAACUAUCAAAGUUUAACGGCCAUGCAUGAAUUAGUCAGCGUAUUCCUUCUUGGUUACGCUUGGUAAUCCACUUCGUACUGUCCAUUGUGUGUUUCAAUUCAAGCCAUGCUUCCAAAUUUACCCAUGCGAUUAGUAAAGAAUCUUGUGAAUUUUCCGGCUGUUGUUAGACAAUCUAUUAUUGAAUCGUAUGAAAAACUAAAAUCUACGGACUAUCGUCGACUUUAUGAAAUUUACGAUAAUCUAACUGGAUUGGAUCGUGUUAGAUCCUUACAUGUUGGAGUCGCUGAAGCUGAAAGAAACUUCGUACAGAAACAAGUCGAAAGAAGAGCUUGUCAAACGGAAGUGUUUCAGUUAGAAGAAGCUAGAAAUCAAAUUAACAUUCAACUAGAUAGUGUUAAACGUAGUGAUGAAAGUUUUUUGAAAUUAGUUACAGAGUUGCAUGAGCUUUCACGUCAACACCAACAAGCUCGUGAUAAGUUAACAUCUAUUGAAUUAGCUGAACAAGUAACAUUUGAACAAUUCUCUAGUAUUCUACGUCAUUCACAAGCUGAAGAACGCAUUCAAGCUAGCCGAAUGCGACAAUGGACUGUUGGAUUUAGUUUAGCUGCUGGUUUGAUUGGUUUUAGCGCUACAUGGAUACGUUUUCGUCAACUUGAUAAGCAAAAUGCAUCAUCACUUCGCUUAACUUCUGCUACUGGUCAGCCAACUACUGAGUACUCCUUCCAAAAUAUAACUUCCAGUCUUCACUCAUCUAAUCAGAGAUUAAAAACAACAUUGGAUGACUUAAAUCAAAUAAAAAAUAAUUUGAACGAUUUGGUCAAAACACUGAAAGAAAAUUUGAAUAUGAAUAUUACAAAGAUUCAUGAAGGUUUGUCUAUACUACUUCAGUUGAUUGUACUCCUUGGAAAUAUUAUGAUGCCCAAUAUAGUCAGUUCACGAAGUGAUUCUUAUGGAUGACACCUUAUGAUUACAAAUGAAUCUUCGAAGACAUCUGUAUGCUUCCCUAAUUGUCAGUAUAAAUCGUAGUUCCUCGUUUUACGUACUUUCUAAUGAUAGGUAUUACGAUGAAAUUCAUUUUUAGCGUAUUAAAAGUGAUCUUUUUGUAGAGUUCUACGAACUAUGAAAAUCUGCAAGUUAGAUUGAACACAAUACUACUCAUCUAUUCUAUCAGUGGACUCUUUCCUUCUUUACACCUCACUUUCCGGAUAACAGUUUCGUCUAUUUGAACCAUUCGACCGACAUUUUCAAGUUUGUAGUUUUAGAAUCGACAUAAUUUCAAAGUGAAUAUCUAAUAAAUUGUCAUUGCACUCUUGAUACUCCGGUGAUCCGCUGGUGUCCUCAUUAGUCAUAAUUAGUACAUGAUCUGUCUGCAUUGGUACUGCUUUCUUUAUCCAAUACACAGUACAGCACUAUACUACCUCAUCCCAUGAGACUGUGCUUUUUUGUAAUUAUUCAGUUUUCAUAACCAGAAGUAGUAAUAGUUCUGAUUAGUCUAAAAUCUUGCGAAUACUGAAUAAUAGAAUUAUUGAAAUUCCCAAUGAAUUGAUCUAAAGUGAUUAUUUUAGUUUCAAAUACACAUGGCCUCUGAAACAUGAUUGGUUCAUCGGCCAAGUAUAGUUUCUUCAAUUUGUUAAGCUUAGUUUUCAUCAACAAUUUUGGUAGGACUUACGUUUUGUUUUAUCCAAACUAUUUUUUAACUAGACACUAGAAUAUCUCCUUAUCUUUCCAUUUUACUACGGGUCUAUUCAAUCUCGUCUAGAAGUUCGUGUUAUCCUUUACCUAUAAGAACAGGCCCUCAAAUGUCGAAGGUGAGGAGAUUCAGCUCGCUCGCUCUUGAAAUGCUCUCAUACAGAAAGUUGUUGUUUACAAAAUUGAGAGUAAGAAAAGUGGAUGUACCGUACCUAGACUGUGUUGGUGGUUACGGAGGGUCCACCUAAGGGAGUUGGGAAACUCCAACCCCAAGCUAGUAGUACAUACGGGCUCCAAAAUCCUGAGGAAAUAAAUAAGGUAUAAACUUAUUGUUGGCUAUUGGUUACCAUGGAACUGGAUCUCCUAACCUUGCUGCACUGCCUUGUGAAUUAAACCUCUUAACUUAAAGCUCGCGGAGUGGUUCUUUAAGAAGACCACCUGUUUCAAUUUUUGCACCGGAACAUUAAUAUAUCCCAUAGGAAAAUUUUUGUGGUGCAUAUAUAUGUUAGUCCUUCUUUGUACCAAUGUUUAUGUGUUUAAAAUAAAUAAACAAAUCAUAAAAAAAUAUACGAAUAGUGUAGCGAUUAGACGACAGUUGAUAGCUAUAAAAAGAACGUUCUAUGUAGUAAAGCUGUGAUUAGCAUUCAUUGAUAGAAAUUCAUUUUGUAUAUUUGUUAGAUAUAAGCUCUUUCUCAUGGUCAUUCUUAUACCUUUUUGUGCUAACAGUUGACUGUUAUUACUGAAUUCAUCACAUGAGAUGUGAUUUUUUCCUUAAAUAUACGUUAAUUAUUAUUAGUUAUCAUAGGGAAUCAUGAAUGGAUUCACUAAUUCAUUCAC